AUGGCUGUUGCGACAUUAACUCUCUUCACAUUGAUUCUCCUGACGGUCACCAACACGAUGGCAUCAUCGACAACGGAGACCGAUAUAGCUUUCUCAUAUCCCGGCUUCAGCCUGCCCACCAGCUCACCUGUCGGCCCUGCUUCUACCGCUGCCUCCUGGAUCCCUGUGGAUUCCUCUCCAUACACUUCUACCAUCGGCCCCUCCUAUUACAGUCCUUCCAUCGCACUCUCGGUGCCUUCCUAUCUCCCUUCGUUCGCCUCUUCCUCCGAUACCUUGUGCAUAACCACCCUCGUUUCCGCCUUGUCGUCUACCCGCUCAAGCUCUCUCCCACCGCCAGUUACAUGUCCUUCCAGUAUCCCCGGAGCUAUCUGCUCAGAGGGUCCACAGUGUUCAAAUAACACGACAAUCACCAUCUCGAUCACAAGCACAAGUUAUGUCACAACAAUUCUUAAUUUGACCCUCACCACAAGCAGUCCCGGAGCUCUUCUCACGCACUCCGCUUCCAUACCGGUGUCUGGAGAGUCAUGCCACUGCACAGAACCAGGCUGGGAGAACGUAACAAGCAGCAUUGUCGUUUCGACAGCUCCGACAACUGAGCAGCCAACUGGUAGUGGUCUGGGAUAUCCUACGCCCGUGACUUUGCCCUCAGCCGGGUCAACAACCGCCAGCAACAGUGGAGUGACGUCUGAAAGCAUCCCUAGCAGCAGCGAAACCACCAGCGCUAGCUCCAACAGCAACAGCAACAGCAACAGCGAGAGCGAGAGCAGCUCUUGGAUUACCCUUACAGGGCCAAUAACGCAAAGCCAGGCUCCCUCGCCAACAAUCACGUCUCAUUCCAGCGCCGGUGUCACUAGUACCACAAUCACUACUCAUACGAGCCCGAGCACAAGCACAAGCACAAGCACAACUGGACUGCCCGCCCCUACUGGCGGUGCUCGGAGCCUUGAGUUCCAGUUCGAAGCCAUCAUUGCGACCUGUCUGCUCGGGAUCGUAUGGGGUUUGGUCUUCGGUUUGUGA